AUGCCGGUGCUCCUUGAUAAUAUACAAUUCUACCACGGCCCUUCGAAGCCUGCAAAACCGCCAUAUCUUGCCUUGAACAGCAGCCAGAAAGGCUCCAAAGGUUCUAAUGCCUUGCUACCAGACGAGCAACCCGCAUUCUCUAUUGGAUGUGUCUCUUCGGCAACCGACGACCUGGCAGUGGUCCCGAUGGGGUUCGACCAUCCGGCCACUAGUACGGAGGAUAUAACGGAUCAGCAUGAGAUUGGCUCCUCUAACAUCUUUGACCUCGAACUGGCGAGGUCCUGUGGGGCGGCAAUGCCAUUGCUAUGUACACUUGACGCUAGCGACGGAGAUGCCUGUCCCUCGCUACGGGGGCUAGACUGUCACGGCCUAUAUAACUCAGCCGAAAACUCGCCUAGCGACUACAUCUUCCCGAGAUCCCAACCAAGGUGCACGAGCCCUCUACGGCCUCCUCAGUCCCCUGCGAUCGCCGUUCCUCUACCAGAUUCGGCAAUCUCGCACCCUGAGAUUACGCAGUCGCAUGUAGUAGAAAAUGUUCCGUGGAGACGGAAUCAACCUUCUCCUACUCCCGCUGACGCUUGGGAUAUGCCCGAUGUGUCUACUGCAUGUAGCGAACAUUGUCCCAACACCGCGCUCUCUUCCGUCUCAUCCUGCUCAGAUGUUGCUUCUAAGAGGCGGAACGAUAUGGACCGCUACGUUCCUUCCCCAGAGGAUUAUCUAGGCAACUGUUCGCAUGAUUAUGAAGAAGCAAGGCAAACCAGAUUGAUUUCAGACUGCUCCCCCAGAACUGUGGCUGACUCAGGGCCUUCUGGACCAGUCGAUCCGCUCCUUGUUGACAUGCCCGAUUCGAUGGAGCUCGAACAAGCCAACGGGCACGAGUCCGUUAUUUCUCAUUCGAGAACGCCUAGCGUUCAAGCCUUUUUUCCCGAUCCGAGAAGAUGCAAAGGAAAGGAACAGCGAAUGCUCCGGGCAGGAAAACGAGACAGUACUCGCAACAAGUACCACACGGCUAUCGCUGUAGUUAUUCCUCCGCCACGACCUAGGCCUGUACGGAGUGUACGCCUAAAGACAAAACUUAUUCCAUCAGAUGUUAAUCGGAGCGAAGGCAGUGAAGGCCUUGGUGAUUUCUCGGACGAAGAUUUGACGAGCGAUAUAAUCCAAUCGGAACUCUCUGACGUUGAGGACUCCUUAAAGGAGAAACACGGCCUCCCAAGCACGGCCGCUCCGUGCCAUGGCCACGACACUUCUAUGGGCUCAUCGACCGGGCAUUUCGAGCAUCGAGAUAUUGUUGGGCGGGCAAUUCUUACCAUCGAGACGCAGGGAUCAGAGACCACUUUCUUCUUCACACUCAUGCCCGACAACGUCCGCUCGAGAACAUGCGUACCCGCGCAGAGAAUUCCCAACUCCUUCGAGAAGCCAGGUAGAAUUUCCAAGCGGUCUAUAAGCACAGCCCGUCCAACUCGCGGGAAGGGCAAAAGUCAGACCUAUUCAACCCACGAGAAGCACUUGCUGGUGGAACUGAAAGAGCAACGGAAGUUGACAUGGAAGGAAAUUGCGGAUCAUUUUCCUGGCCGAACUUCAUCUGCGCUGCAGGUGUAUUACUGUACCAAACUAAAUCAGCAAAGAGCUAAAAGAAGCGGUCCACGUAGUCGUAGGGGCAAAAAGAAAUGA